AUGUCGACGGCGACGGUGCUCGGAGAGAUGUCGGCCCUGUUGAUCGUCGACGUUCAGAAAGACUUCAUCAGUGGUGCUUUGGCAGUCGAAGGGGCAGAGACUAUAUUGCCGGUUGUUGAGCACUUGAUCGAAAGAGGCCGGUGGUCGAUGAUCGUUGCCUCUCAGGACUACCAUCCGCGGUCACACAUCUCCUUUGCAUCCCGACAUGGUCUGAGCCCGCUCGAUGAGAUUGAGCUCAGAGACGCGGACGGACAGCCGUUCCAGCAAAUGCUUUGGCCUGACCAUUGCGUGCAGCACGAGCCUGGCAGUGAGAUUGACGAGCGGAUCCUGCGUGCCCUAUCCUCUUCGCACUGGAAGGACAGGCACCACAUCGUCCAAAAGGGGACGAACGUCCAAGUCGACGCUUACUCUGCUUUCGCACCUUUCGCUCGAGGGACGGCAGACCCAGAUCGACCAGACGAUUCGCCAUUGGCAGCCUACUUGCAUUCGCACAAGAUCAAGAGUGUCUAUGUCGUCGGCCUCGCGACAGACUACUGUGUGGCUGCGACAGCCAGAGAUGCAGCCCGACUCGGCUUCGAGACGAUCGUGAUAAGCGAUGCUUGCAAAGCCGUCGACGGCAAAGGCGGCUUGUCUUCUGCUCGGGACACCUGCCAGCCGGUCGGCGUGCGAUUCGUCAGGUCGUCAGAUGACAUUGUGCAGCGCAUGCUUUCUUAA